UCGUGUCGUGUCUUUUCAGUUUUGUUCUUGGAGUCAUCGCGUUUAGUUAAUUUUUAAAUUACAACCCGCGUUUAGUAGGAAAUUUUGAGUGUGCCUAAAUAAUAAAUUUCACACAAACAAAAUUUCUAAAUUCUUUCUUUUGGAAACUCGAGUCGUGACAAAAUAAAGCGUGCAACGUUUGGCAAAGUGUAAAAUUAAAUUAGAAAAACGUGUCACAACUGCAAACAUACAAAUACAGACAUAAGUAUACACAUAUAUACACACAUAUGAAGAUACAAAAAUUGUGCAUUCAACAAAGAAAUUUUACUGCUUGUGCAUUAAUAAUUGCAAAUAAGUUUUCAUAACACGCGUGUUUCUUAAAUAAAACCCAACAAAAAAAAAAAAAACAAAGUGUGCAAUAAAUUCUUUGAAAAUCAAAAAAUCAAAUCGAAUUAAAAUUCCCAAGAACUUUGCAAGUUAAAAGUGUGGCUAGUGAAUUUUCAUUUAUCAAGCCAUUCAAAAUCUAAUCUAAGAAUUGCUUUUAAAACGCAAAAUUUUAAUUAAAUAAAUCAAAACUAUUUUUUGUAAUAAAAUCUUAAAAACCCACAAAAAACAAAAAAAGCUUCAAAAUGAGUCUGUGUGAUGUCAGCGCCAUUACUAUUCAACAAACGCCCCAACAGCAACAUCAGAGUACACAAAGCAUAGCCGAUUAUUUGGCCCAAUUGCUGAAGGAUCGCAAACAAAUGGCAGCAUUUCCAAAUGUCUUCAAUCAUGUAGAACGUCUACUCGAUGAAGGUGAGUGUGCUUAUAAUAUCAAUAAAUACCGCUAAUAACGCAUAAACAAUGGAACAGAAGCAGCGCCUAUGAUAACAAAUGAACAAAUCAGCCGUCGGUGUCAUAAUCUCUUUGAUAAGGCGAUCAAUAGCCGAUGCCGACAUGUCUACAAAUUUUGCCAGCCGAUUGGUUCGAUUUGUUUGACACUUGUGCGUAUGUAGUGCAAGUAUACACUGUUAAGAUAACUACACAUGGGUGAGUGGGUGGCUGAGCGAAAAAGCGUGUGCGAAAUAGCUGAAAUAUCGGUCUACUUGAGUAAUACAAUACUUGGGCACGAAUUUGAUGCUAAGCUGAUUGAGUGUCAGCCACUUGACGCGAGUGGAUAUUUAUGAGUAUUUGCGCUUCUACUUGUGGUGUGAGUGUUAGUACUUUAGUGCUACCCUGUAGUCAAACCUACUAAGUAAUCUUGAAGUGCUUUACUAUCAGUUUGUUUGCUGCUGAAGCAGUACGAUUUUGUAUUUUAGCAAUUGGUAUUUUUUAAGAUGACAUCAAUAUUUUACACAGUUAAAGAACUAGUUAGCUUCCGCUUCAGUAUGUUACCAGUUAAUGAACUAGUUUAGCAAAGCAAAAGAUUUUAAAUUCCAAAAUUCUACUUUCCAAUUUGUGUUGUAAGUCAUAAGUUUUGGAUGAGUUGAAAGAGUAAAUAUAUUAAUAACACAGUAGGACCGCUAAAAUGUCACACAAAAACGCUGAGGCACGCACGUAAAUUUUAUUUUGUGUCGUAGAUUACGCAUCUGUGUUGAGUUUUCUUUACAUUUCUCUCUACAUUUUUGUGCGAAAUUGCCAGCUUGUUCAACUAGUUUAUUGGUGCAAUAAAUUGUAGAGUGUGUUUUUAAAAUAAACAUUUUGAGACAAAUUUUAUAACUAACAUGCGAACACGUCUAUAUGUCAAUGCAUUAAUAUGAGUUAGUAUCAACUAUUGAUGUCGUUAAGUCGAUCUUAUAUUUGCAAAUCCUUCUACAAUAAAGCAAGCAAAUAUUAUACUCGUAAUAGCCCCACCGGCUCAUAACCCCAUGUGUCUGUAUGUAUAUGGAUCCAUAUAUACCCUGCAGGGAAAAUACUAGCUGUGCGCGAGAAUAGUACUAGUUCAUUCUUGAGCUCAACUAGUUCGUUAUCUAUCGUUUUUCCGUGGGGGCACGUGGCUAUUUUUUACCCGGCGAUGUCCUACGAAAUGCCAGUUCAAAUACCAGCAAAAUACCAGUUUGUAAUAGGCAAGACCAGUUUCAGACCAGCUCAAAUGCAAGAUAAAAACAUCCAUUCCAUUCGAUUCUAGCGUUUUAAAAUAUUCCAUUUCAUUCUAAAGGGUAUUCAGACUAUGUUUUUUCUGAAAAUUAAAUGAAAUUUCUUUCAGGCGCAGUAAUUAGUUCAUUCAGUGCUUGGUUC